CUCUCACUUUCUCUCUUCACCUUUCUUCACCUCUCAUCAUCUCUCAUCGCCUCUCAUCUGUUCUCUGCUCAUCCAGCAUUGCCUCAGUCUCAAACCUCAAUUACCUACUGCUCCGCGUCACUCAGUCAGCUAUAAUCAUCGCAUAUCGACCGACGACUCUGCCCGCUUCACUUUAGCCAUUCUCCAAUUCCCACCUAGCUAGCACUUACACCCGCAAUCUCUGACAUCACAAUGCCUGCUCCUCAGGUUAACGGCGAGGUGUCCAACCAUCUCCAAUCCGCCUUCCUUCAGCACCUGCUCUCCUACCCCUUGGUUAGCGAUGGCAUUCACACUGUGGCCUCCAACGAAUACGCACAGAGGUCUUUGAAGCUGGGCGACUCUGCCUAUCGAAACUUUGCCGCCCCCUUUGUUCCCUACCUUUCUAAGCCCUAUGGUUACGUCUCUCCGUACGUCCAAAAGGCCGACUCCUUUGGCGACAAGACCCUGGACCGCAUUGACGAGCGCUUCCCCAUCGUCAAGAAGCCCACUGGUGACCUCUACAACGAGACCCGUGGCCUGAUUCUGUUCCCUUACCAGAAGGGACUCGAGGGCAGGGAGCACGUUUUCCAGAUUUACGCUUCCGAGCUUAAGAAGCUUGAGCAGAACGGCGUGGUGGCUCAGGGCAAGGCUGCCGUUUCCACCGUCUUUGUCGUUAGCAACGAAACGCUGGCCUGGCUGAGCAGCUGGGUUGCCGUCAAGAAGGCUGACGCCUCCGAAUCUAACAAGGAGAAGAUCAACCAGUAGACGAUUUCCAGAGUGGAUUACAAGCGAAACAGCGCAUAAUUUCCUUACUUGACCGGCUCUCUCUCUUCUUUUGUUUUUCUUCUCUUCUUACCCUUUGUCGGCAUCAUGUCGAAUUUUCUCUGUCGCUGGAUCUUAUUUGUUUUGUGAUGCCAGUUCGUCUUUGCGAUGAAAAGCACCUAGAGAAAAGGGGGAGAAGAGUAGACUGCUUCGUCCGCCGCGACUGGGCGUCUACGACUGGCAUCAUUCUCGCUAUUCUUUAGCAGGUGGCCAAGCUCCGACGCAUCUUGUUUCGAUUCCAUUUCUCUUUCACUCCCUGUUUCGACGGAUUAUGACUCCACCAACCGCGGUUUUCAACCCUUAUCACGUUGCCCAACAUCUGCGAAUCAUGGGUAUUCGAUGGGGAGGUGAAUAAUAAAUCUGCACCAGCAGCAGGUGAUGGGCCUGCUUCGAGGACGGGAGGGCUUUUCAAUACGGGACACUUGACUCUUCUUUGUUUUGAUGUAUGGGCAAUUAUAUGGGACGUAAAAAGGGUAGAAUACCAACGGGAGUUUGCUUUUGCUUAAUAAAAACAUCUCAACACUG